AUGAACGAUAAAGACGUUUUUAAAGGCUGUCCAAAACGGCGGCCGGGCCUCGGCCGGCCUCGAAAAAUCCUCGGCCGAAGAAAAAAGGCCUCGGCGCGCUCCAUUGAGAAAAAGCCUCGCGAGGCCUCGGCCGGCCUCGCAAAUGUGACUACGAUUCCGAUUGAUAUCGUGAACGAUGCUCAGAAGCUUCUGGACGAUUUGGGAAAAAGUUUUGAGGAAAUGAGAUAUCAGGCGCCACCACAAAGCCAACCACCUGCACGUCAUCUCACUUUCCUUCAACGUACUCUGGGCGGAUCAAGCGCCCCAAAAAGCAGUUCGCUUCAUCAAGAACAGCAGCAAUACGAGAGAGACACCAGAAGUAUGCCUGCAUCGAAUUUUUGGCAUCUGGCAAAAAGCUCCUAUCCAAUUUUGCACGAAAUCGCCCGAAAAGUUCAUGCGAUUCAAGCUUCGGAAGCAGAUGUAGAAAGAUCUUUUUCAAUCAUAAAAAACUCGUACACACCAAAUCUUCAGAGCCUGGACUUAAAAAUGCUGGAAAAGUUGAUGAUUCUCAAAGAAAAAGAUCGAUACGACACAGGCGAGACUUGA